UUUUUUUAUUUCUUCGUUCAAAAGUCACAAGCAGCUGCAGAAGAAACCAAAAGAAACCUAACGAAGCCCUCCCCACCACCUCUUUCAGCUGCUUCUACUUCUUAUUCGGGUUACCCGUCGAACCCGGAUCCGGAAAUCCGCCAUGGCAUACCAACCUCGAGCUCCGAAUCACAGCAGCGGAAGCGACGAGAACGAAUCGAAUCGCCGGCUCUACAACCCGUACCAAGAUUUACGCCUCCCCGCAAAAACCCUUUACAAUCUGCCGACCUCACCGGAGUUCCUCUUCCAGGAGGAGGCAAUCGCGCAGCGGCGAUCCUGGGGCGAGAACUUGACCUACUACACGGGGAUUGGCUACCUCGCCGGCGCGAGCGUCGGCGCCGCCAAGGGUUUGGGCACCGGGGUGAAGUCAAUCGAGCGGACCGACACCCUGAAGCUGAAAAUUAAUCGGAUCCUAAACGGGUCGGGCCACGCGGGCAGGCAGGUGGGAAACCGGUGCGGCGUAUUAGGGUUGAUGUUCGCUGGUCUGGAGAGCGGUAUGGUUGCUUUUAGGGAAACGGACGACAGCAUCAACAGCGUGGUGGCGGGGUUGGGUACCGGAGUGCUGUACAAGGCGGCGGCGGGGCCCAGGUCCGCCGUGGUCGCUGGUGCGAUCGGCGGGGUGGUUGCGGGGCUUGCCGUCACCGGGAAACAAGUCUUGAAACGAUAUGUGCCGAUUUGAAUUUUAACUUUUAUUUUUCUUUUUUUGUGGGUGAUGAUUUUGACAGUGCUUUUUUUUGUGUUUGGUUGUUUUUUGGUGAUCCGUUAAUGAAUGAAUUUACAGUGUUUUUGUCCAUUGGAGGUGCAAUUUUGAUGGUUGUUUUUAGCUGCCCUUGCCACUGAAAAUUCGAUGAGUUUCGAUUGUGUUAAUGAAUGGAAGAUUCGUGCAUUU